AUGGCAUCAUACCUCUCGUACUUCACCUCCAACUCCUCCAGCCAGCCGUCGUCUCAGAAUCCCACCCCCGCCGCGACUUCGACAUGGUCGAGCACCUUUUCCUCCCGGAUAGCGACCCUGCGGAAGGCGCUUACCAAAGACUCAGAGGAGGAUGACCCGGACAAUGAAGACUGUUCACAUAUUUCCAAUGUUCUGCGCGCAUAUUACACGGAGAAAGGGCGUCCAUACCCCGAGUGGCUGCCGCCCGACCCCAAGAAGCCAGUCGCGGCACCUCCCCAGCCUCAGGGCUCGUAUGGCCAGUAUGGAAACCCAUUUCCUUCCCAGCUUGGGAACCAGCAAACACAUUCAAGAGGCUCUUCUGGGGGUAGGGCGGGGGGCUUAUCUGAUCUCUGGGACUCUGCUCCCGCACCAUCGGCUGCUGCGCCUCAGAGCCUCCGGGCUGCACGGCCUACUCCCAACUCGUUGCGCUCCAAUGACUCUGCCAGAUCUCAUUCAAGUGGAAAUGGUGGAACCACGUCCUUUGGCCAACCCAUGCCCAGCGCUAGACCCCUUCCCAGCCAAAGAGCCGGAAGCUACCAGACAGCUCCUGCUGCAAAUCCUGGAGCUAUGGGCUCUCGUGACCGUCUUCGAGCUCGCCUGCAAGGUGGGGGCAGCGGAAGAAGUAGUCCUUCGGCCGGCUUGAAUAGUGCUAGUCAGGGGUCAUACGGUCCCGGGGUCGGAAAUUUGGCUAACCAUGCCUCGCGAAGUGGGUCUUCUCAGCCCUACAUCUCAGCCUCAGAGCCUUGGUCAACAGGCGGCGAUCCAUAUGCCUAUGACUAUAGUGGUGGUGGCGGUGGUGGCGGUAGCAGCGGCUCCUCAAAUCCGUACGCUCAGCAGGAUCAUCGCCAACGUCCUGGCGGCCCCAGAUGA